AAGUAACAUAAAAUUGUCAUAAAAUGAUAUUUUCGUAUACGGUACGUAUAAUGGAUGAAAUUAUAAGUUAUAAGAUGUGCGCAGUAAAAGUGCGCAAUGCAAAACUGCGGAAUUACCUUAAUACGUUUUGAGAAAAAACCCUACUAAAUGUAGUAAAUUUAAAGCAUAUGUUAAAAAAGAGUUUCAAGAUAAAGUUUGUUAUUCAUGUAGUGCCCGAAAUGCCCAGUGAUGAAAGUAGGAAAUCUAAAGUUAAUCCAAAGAGACAAAAAUUGGCGGAGUUAGCAGCAACCCUCAAAUCGUCAAACAAGAGAGGUGAGAGGGCAAGGAAAAGAAAAGAACGCGAGAACACGAGCAGUAAGAAAGACAAAAAAAGAAAGAAGAGGAAAAGUGUAGAUGGUGAUCAUGAUGAUGGGUCUUCUCAUGGCAAUAGGUCUGUUACCUUUUUCAUGCCAAAUGACACUUGCUAAAUUCAAUGCUGCAUGUAAACCAAUUUGGAGUUGCGAUUUUAGGAGUUGCAGUAGGACCGUAGUUUUACACGCUGGUUUUACACAACGGCGGGGUGAAGUAAGAGCAGGGCGAAAAUUGAAAUUAUUUGGAGUGCUUAUAUGAGAUCAGAUGGAAAACCAUAUUUAUUUAAGCUUCUUAAUCUAAGCUUCACAAUCCUUAAUCUUUAUUGAUCCUGACCGUAUCACACUCCAGCGAGGAUUGCUCAGUCGGAAGAGCAUUGAUAUGGAAAUGCAUAUAUGUCAUUAUAGAGUGUGCGUCACAGGUUAAGUCAACUUAUGAGUGGUAUGGUUUCAGGAAAACUGGACGGACUGUUGCGGUACUGGAAGUUGACGCACAAGCGGCCCAAUUUCAUGGUGGAUGAUCAGGAGUUGCGGGUUUUAACGGCUUUUAAACAAAUCUUAUAUUCAACCAAAACUAUUUUAAAAACAUUCUUAAAUUAGUCAAAUAACAACACUUUAACAAUAAAAUAUAGUUGACAUGAUAGUAUGCCUUUACAUUCUCUUAAUUACUCCAUAAGCUCGUUUAGAGCGCAUGUAGAAGCAUUAUACUAUCAUGUCAACUAUAUUUUAUUGUUAAAGUGUUACUGCAUGUAUUUGACUAAUUUAAGAAUGUUUCUUAAAUAGUUUUGGACUUUUCGUUGAGUAUAAGGUUUGUUUAUAAAAGCCGUUAAAAUCCGCAACUCCUGAUCAUCCACCCUAAAAUUGGGCCGCCUGUGGUUGACGGCAGACGUGGGACUCCACCUCAGCAAAACAUCACCCCCGGUCUAGCGAUCUAUAGGUCUCUUCGACCUACUUACUACAACCAUCAGCGUGACUCAGUUUGGAAAAAAAAUAUUUCCUUUACACUCCCCUGUUUGGAGAUAGUCGCCUCGGUAAAGCUAGCGGGAUGACCGGUCUGAGCAAUUUUGUACCAAAUAAUAGCGACAUUGCUAUCCCCAAACGAAAUUGUCUCAACUCUUCGUCCUGGUUUCGUGUAAAUGGAGAUUUGCGUUAACGUUGGCUAAAAUUGUUGUGUAAUGAAAAUGUAUGUAUACAUGUACUUUCAGUGAUGGAGAAUCUGACGUUGAAGAAAAUGAAGAAAGCAGAGAACCGCGGGCAAAGAAGACACCGAAACGAAAGAGAGUGAGAAUGCAAGAUAGUGAUGAGAGUGACGAAGAUGCUCUGCAUAUACACAUUGAAGAAAAUGGAGGAGAAAAUCACGAUGAUCAUGGUAGUAUGGAGGAUGAAGAAAUAAUUACCGAGCAGGAGACGGGGCACGAUGUCGAAAAGAAGAGGGGUCAGCCCCAGGGAUUAGAGACUGACAGUGAGGACAGUGAUGAUGAACAUGUUCUUAGGAAUGGUGGUCGGCCUGAGGGACAAGAAGAGGACGAGAGUGAUAACAGUGGUGAAGAAGGAAAUGCUGGUAGAAAGAGGGGUCGGUCUGAGGAUGAAGAAAGUGAAAGUAGUGAUGAUGAUGAUUUGGAUAUACCUCUGAUACGUACAAAGAGAGCAAGACAAGCUGUGCUGGAUGACGAUGAUGAUGACGAAUAGGUGAAUUUUACUUUGGAGUAAUUCAACGUUAUCUUCGCCGGUUCUGACCGCGCAGUGAUUGUGGCACACAGAUCUCAAAGGUAAACUGUAUAGCACAACCCAUUGUAUUAGUGUACAAAAUUAAGCUAGUUAAAUGUUGUUAGAUUACUUUGACAUAUAUAGAGUAUCUCACUAAUAAAUAUCCGGCAUAUUAGAAAGAAUACAAAAUGGAAAUAGAAAUCCUUCAUAGUGCUACACACAAGCGAAAAUUAUCUGACAUUUAUCACAAAUCGCGUAUUGGUGGGAAACUAGUGAAUGUAUUAAUACUUGAUAAAAAAAAUUUCCAACAAGGGUGGACGGAUUAAGCUUGAUAUUAAUUAAUUGUGUUCAUUCAUGCAAGAACCUAGUUUCCGUGUAAUGUUUAUUGUAUAAAUGUAACAAUUUAAUGUAUAGCUGUUUUAACUGUAGUAACUUCUUGUACGAUGGUUUCUAUAAUCUUUUACUUCUGUUAGAAAGAUGAUGUAAUACAUCAAAUCCGACUAUAAAGACAGAUAUCCAGUCCGCGCAAUUAGUUCCGUCCGAGGCGAAGCGGAUGACUGAAUUAAUUGCAAGGACUGUAUAUCUGGUCUCUGAGGUCUCAUCAUGUGAGCAAAAUAAAGUAAUAUCGUUCGCCAAUUUACUCAAUAACAAAUAAAGAGUCACAGCAACAACGGACCACAAUCGAUUACAUGUUUUAAUCGCAUCACGAAUUUCAUGCUCAAUUUUUUUCGGAGAAAAGUGAAAUCCUCACUUCUUCUCGAAGUAGCCGAUACAAAAAGGAGACUUAUCACAAACCUGUAACAAGUACACUUCUAUUAUUGUAAUGAUAGACCUAUAAUCGGCUAUCGCAUGUCACUGUCCGCUGUCACCAGUACACCUUUCCAGAAAGUACUCAGUCUUGGCUGUAUAGAGCCUGGUUUCUGUAAUUGCAUUGGGUUUAGAGUACUUUGUCUUGGUGACGACACAUUACGAAAACAUACAGUUAUAUUAGAUAAGAUACUAGAACCUUUUAUACCCAUUCCCAAAAACGAGACUAUAGGCCAGGCUAAUUGCUUUCCGGAAGGGUCUAUUUACUCGGCAUACAUAAUCUAAAUGCUUGCAUGGUUACCUUUGUUCCAUUCUAUGCUUACAUUUUUAGGACAAUAAUAACUAUACAUACUACGAGUAUCCGAAAUGGAAAUUAGAUGUCAAUGAGCAUAAUAAACAUGCGACAGCCGAUUAAGUUUAUAGACCCAUUGCACUGGCCACUGACGUCACAAAUCCUUAAAGUGUCCUCCAGAUGCUCCCUAACAAUAUCUGUUCGGGUACAACAACCACUACAGCGCAAAAAUUAACCAUUUUAAUACAAAAUUAUUAUAAAAUUUCACAAAAUUUGCUUUGUUUACAAAAGUUAUAUUAUGCAUAGAUUGCUAAUUUGUUCUCCAGAUGCAUCAUCACCGGCGCUGUAACGUCAAGUGCAAUGGGUCUAUUGGUAUGUGCUCUUCAGUCAUAUACUAUUCCUCGACAAAAAUGUAUAAGAUUAUAUUGAUAAGAGAGAAACGUAUAUUAAUUAAUUAUAUUCACAAAAAGCAGUUUUAUUCGACUAGGAACCUGCUGAAUAUUCUUGUAAUAAUUUUACAACAGCGCUUCGUCCAGAUAGUUUAUUUGCUUUCCCUUGGAAGCGGCCUUUCUUCCCUCCUCCUUUACCUUCCAAUAAUUCAGCAACCCUA